AACAUAAAAUUUACCAUUUUAAGUGUGCAAUGCUGUGAAAUUAAGUACAUUCACAAUAUUGUGCAACUAUACCAUGCUUUCCAGAACUUUUCAUCAUCCCAAACAGAAACUCCACACCCAUUAGCAAUAACUUCCCAUUUCCUUCUGCACCAUCCCUUAGUAACCUCUGUUUUACUUUCUGUCUCUAUGAAUUUGCCUUUUCUAGAUACCUCUUAUAAGUGGAAUCAUACAAUAUUGGGCUUUUGUGUUUCUUAUUUCACUUAGCAUCAAGUUUUCAAGGUUCAUUCAUGUAGCAUGGAUCAGAAUUUCAUUCCUUUUAAUGGAGGGAUAAUAUUCCAUUGCAUGUAUAUACCAUAUUUUGUUUAUCCAUUCAUCUGUCAACAAUUGGGAUGUUAUCACCUUUUGGUAUUGGGAAUCGGGCUACUAUGAGCAUUGGUGUUCAAACACUUGUUCUAGUCCUGUUUUCCAUUUUCUUGAGUGUAUACAUAGGAGUGAAACUGCUGAGUUAUACAAUAAUGCUAUGUUUAGUGGUUUUGUUUUGUUUUGUUUUGUUUGAAACAGCAUCUCACUCUGUUGCCCAGGCUGGAAUGCACUGGCAUGAUCACGGCUCACUGCAGCCUCAACCUCCCAGGCUCAAGUGAUCCUCCCAACUCAGCCUCCCAAGUAGCUGGGACUACAGGUGUGAACCACCAUGUCCGGCCUUGCUCACCUUUUUGAGGAGCCUCCAAACUGUCUUCCACAGCAGCAGCACCAUUUACGUUCACAAGGGUUUCAAUUUCUUCACAUUUUUGCAAAUAUUGGUUAUUUUUCUUUUCUUUUCUUUUCUUUUUUCUUUUCUUUUUUUUUUUUUUGACAGAGUCUCUCUCUUUCUCUCUCUCUCUGUCACCCCACACUGGAGUGCAAUGGUGCGAUCAUCACUCACUGCAGCCUCAAAUUCCCGGGCUCAAGGGAUCCUCCUGCCUCAACCUUUUGAGUAGCUGGGCCUACAGGCACACACGACCCUACCCUGCUAAUUUUCUUACUUUUUGUAGAGACGGGGGUCUUGCUAUGUUGCCCAGGCUGGUCUUGAAUUCCUGUCUUCAAGAGAUCCUCCUGCCUCAGCCUUCCAAAGUGCUAGGAUUAUAGGCAUGAGCCACCAUACCUGGCCUUAUUUUCCAAUUUUUUCUUUGAGACUAAGUCUCACUCUACCACCCAGGCUGGAAGACAGUGGCAUGAUCUCGGCUCACUGCAACUUCUGCCUCCCAGGUUCAAGUGAUUCUCGUGCCUCAGCCUCCUAAGUAGCUGGGAUUACAGGCAUGCGCCACUAUGCCUGGCUAAUUUUUGUAUUUUUAGUAGAGACGGGGUUUCACCAUGUUGGCCAGGCUGGUCUAUAACUCUUGACCUCAAGUGAUCCACCCACCUCGGCCUCCCAAAGUGCUGGGAUUACAGGUGUGAGCCACCGCACCCAGCCAUUCAGAGCACUUUCAGUUCUGUUCAGUCUAACAAAGACAGGCAUCGAGCACAUACCCUAUGCCAGGUGCUGAGUACUGGGGUCACUGAGUUGUGGCCAAUCCAGCUCCUACCAUCCUGGAGCUCGCAGACUGGAGGAGACAGAGAGAAAAGCAGUCAUUGGCAACGCAGAAUGAAAGGUACUGUAAUGAAGCAAAUUCACAGGGGGCUGUGGGAGCAAAGAGAAGAAACCCCACACAGUCUGGGGAGAGUCAGGGAAGGCUUUCUGGGAGAGAGUACCCUGGCACAAUAAUCACUGUGCAGUUGGCAAGGCAAUGAUUGUUAUCUUCAUUGUGUAAUGGGGGCCACUGAACCAGUGACAAGCUGGGGGAAAUGACACUGUCCAGUAGUUGGAGGUCACACAGCCCCUUGCCUUAUUCUCAAACCCUAACCACAUGGCUGGAUAUUCCUGAAAUGCAUUCCUAAACCUCUGCUGCUGAGAAUAAUUGGACCUGCCAUCUAUUCCCAGUUUAACUGCCCUGUAUACCAAACAAAUCCAAUUCAAGCCAACAGGCAAAGUAUAGGCUCAGACAGAGUCCAUCCUAUGUGCGAGGCGGUGAGCAGGGGUGGAAAAUCUCACUGUGACUCAUCCAGCUGAUUUCUGGUCAUGUUUCCGGAUGCUUCGGAAGUGGGCAGCAGGAAGCACCUCUCAUCAGCUUCACGAGGGCCAGAGAAGGGGCCCAGACACAGAGAUGCAUUUGAGAAGGGGCCUUCAGAGCUCAGAAUCCAGGAGCAGGGGCCUCCAGCAAGACCAGGGAAGAAACAGUCCUCUUGGGUCCCCCAGGAAGGGUCCCAGGAGCUGCAAGCAGGCCAGGAUCAGAGUGAGCUGGGGUUGCUGCCUUCCUGGGUUCCUGAAGUACCUGAAGGGCUGCAGCAGCUGGGCUCCGGAAAGGAGAUCAAGGGCCAGCAGGGGAGGCAACGGAACCGGGGAAUCGGGGAGGAUCAGCCUCCUGAGAGCUGCCAGGAGGUGAGGGACAUUGGAGAGAGGCAGGAGCCAGACCGUGCGCAGCAGCAGCCUCAGAAGCCCGCGGUGGCUGCAGGGACACAGAGCCUCGGGAACUUCCGGCAGGGCUUCAUGAAGUGCUUGCUGGAGGUGGAGAAAAUGGAGGCCUCCCAUCGGAGAGCCUCGAAGGCCCGGUCCCAGACAGCCCAGAAGUCGCCCAGGACCCUGACCCCGGUGCCCACCUCAGCUCCAAGCCUGCCUCAGACCCCUGCCUCGGUCCCUGCCAGCGGCCCAUCGUGGGCCCGGCUGCCAGCUCCCGGGCCAGAACCUGCCCCCAUGGGAGCCCCGGUCCCCACCUCCAUGCCUUGCCCUGUCCUGCUGGGCCCUGCCCUGGACCUGGGCUGGAGAAGGAUGGAACUCUUGCACCAGAGCAGCGAGAGAACCCUGAGCUACGCCAAGGCGCGGCAGGAGCUGGAAGAGCAGAGCCUCCAAAAGCUUUAUCAAAACCGGGAGAAGUCCGAGGAGCAACUGACCCUGAAGCAAGAGGAAGCCUUCCGCAGCUACUUUGAGAUCUUCAAUGGCCCUGGUGAGGUGGAUGCACAGAGCCUGAAGAAUAUCCUGCUCCUAAUGGGCUUCUCUGUGACGCCGGCCCAGGUGGAGGACGCCCUGAUGAGUGCUGAUGUCAAUGGAGAUGGUCGUGUGGACUUCAAAGACUUCUUGGCUGUGAUGACAGACACCAGGCGCUUCUUCUGCUCUGUGGAACAGAACGCCCUGUCGGACAUGGCUCCCCACAACCCCCACACUCUACUCUUUGAGAUCCUGUCCCUGCUGGUAGAGAUGCUGGCCUUACCAGAGGCAGUCUUAGAGGAAAUCACAAACUACUACCAGAAAAAGCUGAAGGAAGGCACCUGCAAGGCCCAGGAGAUGGAAGCGGCCGUAGGCCGGCUGCGGUUGCAGAAGAAGCUUCUCUACAACCCCCAGCAAGAAGAGAGCUCAGAAGUUCCAGAACGAAAGGUGCUCAGUAUCCUGAGCCGGCUGAAGCAGCAGAACUAUGCUCCCAACCUGCAGAGCCCCUAUGCCCAGGUGCCCUGCAUCCUGCUCUGCCCACGGCUGGACAAGAAGAUGGUCCGUAGGCAGCCGAGCAACCACUAUGCACUAGACCAGUGCACACCCCCUGGCCUGGAUCCUGAUAUCCGCAGCCCCUUCUUCCAGUCAGGAUCUCAAGGAAACAGGGAACACAACUCUGACAGCAGAAAGUGGCUCAGCUCUGUGCCAGCUCGAACCCACUGACCCUCUGGAGGCCUGACUCUAGGCAGCUGCUCAAGGCCUGCAGACAGAUGGGCCACCAGGCAGAAGCUGCUGCUGGGAUUUGCUUUUGUGGCCUGGUGAGCUAAUAAACACCAAUAACUUCAGCCUCUGUGCCUCUUGCCAAGAAAGGCCCUCAAGUUGUCACCCAGCCACCACUGGGCUCUCAGAGUGCAGGGUUCCACCUCAAAGCCCUGCCCGGGGUUGGGGUUUCUGCUACAGGUGCCCCUGCUUGCAGUCUUGACCUUCUGUGCCUUCUCAAAGCACAGGGCUAGGCCUCUCCUCAGGUGAGCACAUCCCCCUCUGGACUGGGAGCCCCACAAAAGCAGCCAUUCUCUCUCUCCACUGGCUCUAAGACAGGCCCUGUGGAAGAGCAGGAGGUGGCCUCUGCAUGCUCCCCCGACAGAGCCCCAGGACCCAGGGCUCUCAUUCUCUGGGAGCCCCAAGAGGGGUGGGUCCUUUCCCCUCAACCCACAUACCA